CGAGGGGCGGCUGGGCGCGCAAACAAGGGGCGUAGCCGUCGCCGUCCGGCAGCCGCUGGCGGGGGGAGGGGCGGCCUGUGAAGCGAGCGGCCGGCGGCGUCGGUGCCCGCCCCGCAGCAGGAGCGCCGCGUCCUCCCCCGGGUCCUGCCUGUCCCCCUCGCCCGGCGGCCCGGGCCCUGCUCCGCCGCCGCGGGGUUUAAGAAGGCUAAAGCUUCACUAGAACUUUAACUAGAAUGGACAGUUACUUUAAAGCUGCAGUCUGUGACUUGGACAAACUACUUGAUGAAUUUGAACAGAAUACAGAUGAAUAUGACUGCUACAGAACAUCUCAAAAUCCGUACGACUCAAAACACCAUUCACUUUCUUCGGUUCUGGACUGCUUACAACAUGUAUACCCAACACCAAAACUGGAAGAGGAUGCUAACAAUUGUACUUCAUCAGAAGAAAUCUCUCUAGCUAGCCACAUUGGAACAAGUGAAGUGCUUCUGAGUUAUUCACCUCAAAAUGAGAAGAGUGUUGCUGGGCCUGAUCUUUUGUCCACUGUGGACAGCAGUUCCUUAAAUGAAAUUCAGGCUUCAAACCUGGGAAGGUGUAGUAUACCUGUGUGUGAUCUUGUUAAUGACACAGGUAACUCAAUCCAUUCAGUGGCUGCUCAUGAAGAUACUAAAAAGUUGCAGCCAGAUGACUUCCAGUACAGUGAAGGUUUGAUUGGCUUUGGCAUAUCUUGCAUACCUGUUCCUACUUGUGUGUCAUCAUCUGGUUGCAGCGGUGUUUCAGGUACAGAGCAGAGUGAUGGGGUCUCAAUGCUACAAGAUUCAGGACGUCUUAAAACAGAGGAGAUUAAUCAUUUAGCUUUAAAAUCACACAGUUAUGCUACAGCAAAGAUCUCGGAUCCAUGUGAUGAUGGACACAGGACAGAAUCUGUGAAGUGCAGUGAAGUAUUUGAUCAGCUUGAACAAACUGCUUGCCUUAAUACUGUAUGUGUCCCUGUAACACCACAGAAUUUGAAUGCGUACAGUCGCAAAGAUGAGAAAGCAUAUGAAAAAUUGCCUUGUGAACCCCGAGAUGAAAGUGCAUGUUCUGCAGUAAGCAGAGAGACACAUGAAAGAAAUGCCAUAGAAAAGGUAGACUCAAAAGAUGAGAGUAAUGUUGAAUCCAGGCCUUCAGAUCUGUCAAAGAGGCCUCCGUUGCACAAAAAACAUGCAACAUUACCUGGAAAUUGUGUUUUACCAUGUCAAGCAGGAGCUAAAGUAGAAUUGGAAAAGAAAAUCACAGAGGAGAAUGUAGGUAGUGAAGAACUUAAUAGCAAUGAAAUACUAAACAGUGUUUCAACUUCAUGUAUUUCAGUUGAGGAUGUCCAGGCCUCGCUGUCAUGUCUUCCACUUCCUGUAUCUAUAUGUGGUUCAUUAGUUGUAACGGAAGAAAAAGUUAAUCCUCUACAUCAAAAUGAAAUGGUGGAGGUUGUUAGUGAUAUUUUGACUGUUCAUACUGGAAGGUCUAGAACUGAUCUCUCCAGUAGGGAAUCCUGUGAAAACACUGACUUGCAUGAACAGGAAGAAUAUAUAGCUAAAAUCAAAGAAAGUAUUGUGGAAGAAAGUGCAGAUGGAGAGAAGUAUGACACUGAGAAUGUAAUUGAUGACAGUGAUUCUCAGCAAAUCAAAGGUUUUGCUCCUGCUUUUCUAGAAUACAAAGCUGAGCUGUAUGGUGUUGGUGUAGACUGUUACAACAAUGAAAGUAUGAGCUUCGCUAUGGCUGACUUUACUGUUGACGAGAAUGUUAUUAAAAGUGAUAGUCUAAUAAGCGAUGCUGAACUUGAUGAUUUCUUGUAUGGACAAAGUCUUCAGGGCAACAUGUUGAAGUCUUCAGACAAUGAUGCUAACUUAAUGGAAGUUGAUGCAGAUGAAGGGAAUUUAACAAAUGUGAACAACCUGGAUUUCAUAGAGGUCACUGAAGAACAUAGGCAAGCAAAACUGGAGGAGAUAUCAAGCAUUAAUAGUAAUCUUAAAGUAUCUCUUAUGGCCAAUGAAUCGGAAUCUGCAGUAGAAGAGGGUAUGUCUUGUAUCCAGGACAUGACCGAGAGUGGUAGUGAAAUACUAGUUUCUAACAUUUGUACUGGAGGUGCGAGACCAAAGCAGUUGCUUGGCCUUUCCCAAGGAGCUGUUGGUCAGAGACAACUGAAUAGAACAGAUGUACUUGAGAGAGAAAACCAGGAAGCCAGUUCUGUUACCCCAGAAGCUCCCCUCUCAGGCACCAGUGUAAAUGUUGGUAAAAGUUCUGACCCUGUGCACUCUGGGGAAAGCAGCUCUGAAGCUGGAGGAAAUCAAACAUCUGAAAAUGUAGAAUCACUUAAAUUAUCUGCAGCUCUCUCACGGAAACAGCCAUUGUGGGUUCCCGAUUCAGAGGCACCCAACUGCAUGAACUGCCAAGUCAAGUUCACAUUUACAAAAAGACGACACCACUGUCGUGCAUGCGGAAAGGUUUUUUGUGGUGGCUGUUGCAAACGCAAGUGCAAACUACAGUACAUGGAGAAGGAAGCAAGAGUCUGUACUGGCUGUUAUGAUCAUAUUAAUAAAGCACAGGCAUUUGAAAGGAUGAUGAGUCCAACUGGUACUGUCCCCAAGUCCAGUACCUCCUCUGAGUGUUCUUCUGCUGUCCCACCUUUGGAGGAAGCCCAGAUGUCUGGUAGUGCUCGCUCUCCUUCACCUUCUGCAUUGUUACCUAUCUCAGUACUUAAACAACCUCGUGUUGAAGGGCUGUGCCCCAAAGAACAGAGGAGAGUUUGGUUUGCAGAUGGUAUUUUGCCAAAUGGUGAAGUGGCAGAUACAAUAAAACUUUCUUCUGGAGCAAAGAGGUUGUCACGGGACUUCAGUCCAGUAAACCCUGACUUGCCAGAGAUGCAUAUGGCUGCCAACGCAGUGGAAGAUGGCAUACUAACUGAUGUAAAUCCAAAACUGAAGGAAGAAAUUGAUACUGUUACAAGAAUGGAGAAACCAUGUCCUUCUGUUUCUUCAGAUGAUGCACAGCAGUCUGUUCCAGGCCAGAGUGAGGUGGUACAUAGGUAUAAAUCUGUAACUCUGGAAACUAAAGAAUGCUCUCCUACUACAGAAGCUGAGAAGACUAGUUCCAGUUCAGUUGAUCAGACUGCAAGUGGUGUCCCCAUUAGCCCUUCAAGUUGCAGAGCACUGUGUGGUGUUGAAAACUGUGUUCGUAAAGAGAUCAGCCUUGUUCCUGAUGGUGAUAAACUGCCACCACUUUUGCUUGCAGUGGAUGAAAAAGGAAAAGGUCAUCUAGUGGAAGAAUGUCCAUCUCACCAACAGGUCACCUUGCUUCUUGUGGAAGGAAGUCCUAAUCCGUUAACUUUUAUCCUAAAUGCAAACUUGCUUGUAAAUGUCAAGCUAAUAACUUAUUCUUCAGAAAAGUGCUGGUACUUCUCAACAAAUGGACUACAUGGUUUGGGUCAGGCAGAAAUUAUCAUUCUGUUGCAGUGUUUGCCAGAUGAAGAGAUUUUUCCUAGUGAAGUAUUCAGAUUAUUUAUUGACAUCUAUAAGGAUGCAAUGAAAGGAAAAUUAAUAAGAAACAUGGAAAACAUCACUUUUACUGAAAACUUUCUCAGUAACAAAGAACAUGGAGGAUUCCUGUUUGUUUCGCCAAGUUUUCAGAAACUUGAAGAUCAAAUUCUACCAGAAAACCCUUUUCUUUGUGGCAUUCUUAUCCAUAAGCUAGAAAUACCCUGGGCAAAAGUUUUUCCAAUCCGUUUAAUGUUGAGAAUGGGAGCAGAAUAUGGGGCAUAUCCAACUUCUGUAGUAAGUUUCAGGGACCGGAAGCCACUCUUUGGAGAGAUUGGACAAACAAUUAUGAAUCUACUUGUUGACCUUAGAAAUUAUCAGUAUACUGUGCAUACCAUAGAAAAUCUGUUUGUUCAUGUGGAAGUGGGUAGAAGCUGUAUUAAAAUACCGCUAAGGAAGUAUAAUGAGGUAAUGAAGGUGAUAAACUCUUCUAAUGAACAUGUAAUUAGUAUAGGAGCAAGUUUUAAUACUGAAGCAGAUUCUCACUUAGUGUGCGUGCAGAAUAAGCACGGCCUCUAUCACACACAAGCAAUCAGUGCUACUGGACAUCCUAGGAGAGUUACAGGUGCAAGUUUUGUGGUGUUUAAUGGAGCUUUAAAAACAUCUUCAGGAUUUUUAGCUAAAUCCAGUAUAGUUGAAGAUGGACUAAUGGUACAAAUAACACCAGAAAUGAUGGAAAGCCUACGUCAGGCGUUAAGAGACAAGAAGGACUUUAAAAUAACUUGUGGAAAAACGGAUACAGGAGACAUAAAAGAAUAUGUAGAUAUUUGCUGGGUAGAAAAUGAAGAAAAAACAAACAAAGGCAUUUUAAGCCCAGUCGAUGGAAAAUCAUUGGAAGGAACUCAGCAUGAAAAAGUACCACACGGCAGAGACUUUGAAAGAGAGGGAAAAGUUCUGAAGUGUACCGAAGUGUACUAUUUUCUGAAGGACCAUGAACUAUCCGGUCCUGUUCCUCACCAGUUUGCUAAAGAGAUUGCUGUUGCCUGCAGUACUGCUCUUUGCCCACACCUUAAAACCUUGAAAAAUAAUGGGAUGAAUAAGAUAGGCUUAAGAGUUUCUAUUGACUCAGAUACGGUAAUCUUUCAACUCUUAUUGCAGACAUUCCAUUUCAACGGAAAUCUCUUUCUUGGAAAGAUGUUGGAUCUCUUUCUGAAUGUUUUUAGUUUUUUGCCCUACCCCAGCUCCAGACUGAGGAUGAAAUUUCACGAAGAAGCUGUCUUAAUGACUAGUUUUUCUUCAAAGUAGUAGUCCUGUUUCCUUAUUCUGCCCAAACUCCCUAAUAGCUGCUUGCAGUAAGCUACCAGUCCUUCCCUAGUUCUAACUCUCUGGCACUCAUCUGCCUCUAAGGUAAGUCAAUGUAGAGCAUCAUAGAACCAAUUUUCUGAUGCUUUUCUUGAAGUAUGUAGUUUUCUGCUGCUUUUGCUCCCUGAUGUAGUGCAGUAAGUGAUAAUUGCACCAAAAUCUGUACAGCAAAAAAGGACAGGUCUGCCCAGCUGAGUAUGGAAGAGAGGGGAAGGCAAGGCUAUCCAGCAUGUGACGCCCCUCAAAAGAUUACAAAACAGCAGAACAGUUUGGUUCCUUGCCUCUGAAGGUGUUCUUACCUUUUUUGAGAGAAGCUGGAAAUACAGUCCUGAAAAUCUAGUUUUCUGUAGUAUAUUUUGAAAUUAAUAGUAACUGUGAUAAUAGGAUGUAAUUGGAUCGCUCUUCAACAUCAGACUGAAGCAGUCUGGGACACAGAGGAAGAGGAUGUGUGGCCCUGUAAACCCAGGGGAAUAUUGCAUGCUUCUCAAUGAGAAGCCUAAUUGUCUGUGAUUGACCUCAAAACCCAUCCAGUUGCCAGUGUUUGUUAUUUUGUCACUUCAUGCUAGCUGAUAUAUUCUUUUACCAAGAUACUACACUUCUGCGUUAUCUUGUUAAUAUGAAAAGUAAUAUCAACCUUAAUGUGUUUUCCUUCUAGGUUGAGUACUUGGCCGGAUCUGGAGGCUACCUUCUUCCACAGAUCUAUCUGAAUGAAUUGGACAGUGCUCUGAUUCCUGUGAUUCAUGGUGGGAUGUCAGAUCCUAUGAGUCUACCAGUGAAAAUUGAAUUAAUAUUUUUCAUCAGAGAACAUCUGUUUUGAUGAGGCUGAUUACAGGCAAUACACUGAUUUGCUAGAUCUGAACACCAAAGUUAUAAUGCUACAAACACUAAAAAUGUUGAAGUUUCUAAACCUGUUAUGUUUUAAUAGAUUUUCAAACUUUUCUAAAACCCUCAAGUCCUCUCUGGUUACUUUGCCACAAAAGAACUGUAGUUUGUAAUGUUUCCUAAAGUUCUGAAAGUUUACACUUAAUACAGGUGCAGAAGAGGGCAGGUUUUGUUACCUCUUUACACAGUUGUAGCAUUUACUAUAUGUAGUGUAACUUUAAGCCAUACUAUCUUGCCUCUUAACCUCAGACAAGUGUUACUAAAAAUCGCUGUGGUUAGAUCUCAUCUCUGCAGCGUGUGCGUUCCAUCUAUAAAUGAGCUAAACACUGAAGUAGAAGCUGGCACAAAACUUCCCUUGCUGUUUGAGAUUCAAAUAUGAGCUCUUCUAUAGCUGUCUGCAAACUUCCAGCGUCAGUACAAAAUACAAGUGCACACUUUCUGACACUUGUUUAUGGUCAGCACAAGGAAGAAUUUUGCAGGUAUGUUUAUGAAGACUCUGUAGUUGAAAUCCUCAACAUUAUGAUGUUAUGCUGGUGCUUCAGGAAAACAUGCUCUGAAUUAAUUUUUUUACAAAGUAACUGAUUUCCUUCUUGUAUUUAUAAGGAUUUAUCUAACUAAAUGGAUGCUAUUUUUAUAAAUACUGCUGUUUUUUUCUUUACUCUGUGCUCAGCAGUCCUCAUACAAUUUGACCUUUCAAGGGUUAAAAAAGAACAGAUUACCCUUGAUGUAAUCUACACAUAGCAAUAAGUCAGACAAGAAUUCUGCAGAAUCCGUUCUGCUCCUGUCUACUGCUUUUGCCACCUCUUAGUAGCCACGUUUACUUUCAGGGAGAAUUGAUGUAUUAAGUGUGAAUUUUCAUGAACAGAUUGAUUUUUGGUGUACCUGAGCUUCUUGUAUAGUACAUAUUUUUGAUAUUGGGUCAUUAAGAUCUAUUUAUGUAUUUGUGAUGCAUGUGAUUUGUACUGAGGUUCAGCAAACCAUCACUGGGGUUUAGUAACUGUCACAAAAGUGUUUGUCAAGAACAGACCCAAAACUAAAGAUACACGAGUUCUAUAUUGUUUUCGGUAAAAAUGGUGGUGCAACUUUAUAAUGAGACUAUUGAAACUUUGAUGCCUUCUUGAUGCUAAUAGGGGAUAUUCUACGUUUUUGUAUCAAAAACAAUUGGUAACUUAACCUACUCUGCUCUGCUGUUACCUGUGCUUCAAAAUACUGGUUGUAGAAGGGUGUAGGCUUCAACAUGUUGCCCUGCAGGAAACUGAGGCCGUGUUUGUGCUAAUUAAUGUAACUUCUUCAGAGAAACUGCAGUUACGGGGAAGAGCUGAAGACGACACCACGCGGAGUAUGAACAAAACGCCUCCUUGCCUGCAAAGAAGCUGCAACCAGACAGUCGAGAAACCACCCGUGGCAGACUGAACAGCAGCUGAGGACUCAGUGGGUGGGAGAUGGCUGUUGCCCCGGCACCCUAUGGGUAAACCAUCUCUGUUCGUAGGGGUAACCAGAGGAACAGCUGCCUCUUGCCACUUACCCUGUACUCUCUCCUUCUAAGUAACGAUCAAUAAAGUUAACUAAGCUGCCUGA